AAAUAAUUUAAUAUUAGAGCAACCCUAACCAUCCUGAAUUCCUGAUAUUCCACGGAGACGAAUCUCUGAGCUUACCCGGCGGCGAUCGAAGGCAAGCGAAGAUGAUCAUCCCCGUACGGUGCUUCACCUGCGGAAAGGUGAUUGGUAACAAGUGGGACACGUAUCUGGAUCUUCUCCAGGCGGACUACUCCGAGGGGGACGCUCUGGAUGCCUUAGGUCUUGUUCGUUAUUGUUGCCGGCGGAUGCUUAUGACACACGUCGACCUCAUUGAGAAGCUCCUUAACUACAACUCCCUUGAGAAAACUGAAGCCAAUUAAGCCAAUCUUUGUGGGGGACAUGCCUGCACCAUGGAUACAGUGAUGCUUGCUUCUGAUGCACUGUUUAAGUCUCUGCUUGUUAGAAUAUUCUAAAUAUAUCUUCCAAAUGUAUGUAGUUAGUACUAGUAUGACUAGCUUUUGGACUAUCUCUCAUGUUGCUGUCUCAUUGGUUUGUUCUUGCUGCCUUGUUGUGAACUUGUGAUCCUGUAUGCCCUUACUUUGAACAGCAUCAAACUGCUAGUUUUGUUGGUGAAUGUUCCCUGAUGCAUUAAAAAGAAGGAACCAAUUUAUUUAUAUAA